AUGAAGAUACUCAAGCUUCCAUGGUUGGUUCAUAAGGAGGAACACCGGAAAUAUGAGGUGUAUGCGUCUGACGUGAGCCCCGAUAAACUGCGACUGGCCACAGGUGGGUUAGAUGGCAAAGUGAGAAUAUGGUCAGUUCCAGAUAUUGUCAAAUAUGGUGCAACUCCGGUCCCAAACGAUGAAGAAUCCAGGAAACCUUUGGCAAGCAUGAGUCGGCAUACUGGAUCAGUAACAGUGGUGAAGUUUUCACCAGAUGGAAAAUUAUUGGCCAGUGGAUCAGACGAUCGUAUUUUGCUCAUUUGGGAGCGUGAAGACAAUCAAAACCAGCCGGUUUUCGGUUCAGAAAAUGAUCGAGAACAUUGGAACGUCAGAAGGAGGUUGGUCGCUCACGAUAAUGAUAUCCAGGACAUGUGUUGGGCACCAGACGCAAGUAUUCUCGUCACCGUUGGACUUGACAGAUCGAUCAUAGUAUGGAAUGGGUCGACUUUCGAAAAGAUCAAGCGUUUCGAUGUACAUCAAUCACAUAUUAAAGGUGUCAUCUUUGAUCCUGCAAACAAAUAUUUCGCCACGGCGUCUGACGAUAGAACCGUUAGCAUUUUUCGGUACCACAAGGCGGGUGAUACGAGUUUUACCAUUGAACAUGUUGUUUCGGACCCGUUCAAGGGCUCUCCGCUGACAACAUAUUUUCGGCGAUUAUCUUGGUCUCCAGAUGGGCAACACAUUGCUGUACCCAACGCAACAAAUGGGCCGGUUACUUCGGUGGCUAUUAUAUCGCGUGGUACCUGGGACAGCAACGUAAGCUUAAUAGGCCACGUUUCGCCUACGGAAGUUGCUCGAUUCAGUCCUCGUUUGUAUAAGUCACAACAAGCUGAGAAAGAAGCUGCUCACGUAGAUGAAGGAAACGAAGAACUCAAUGCGGAAAUAGCUACUGAUUCCAAAGAACCACGAAGGUCUGAAUUCAACGGAGAAACUACGCGGGUAGAUUCAGUUCUGGCCACCGCCGGACAAGACAAAACUCUUUGCAUUUGGUCUACUGCUAAAUCGCGACCAUUGCUGGUCCUAUAUGAUAUUACGAAUAAAUCAAUUACUGACAUGGGAUGGAGUCCAGAUGGACAACUUCUGUUUUUGAGUUCGUUGGACGGAUCCAUAACGGUAUUAAUGUUCGAAGAAGGUGAGCUCGGAGAUGCGAUUCCUUUGGAAAAGAACAUCGAGCAUUUGUACAAGUAUGGUGUUGACAAGGACUCGCUGGAUUUUCCCGAGAGUGUCAAACAACUCGAUUUAGAAGCAGUAGCUCUGAAGUUGAGGCAGAGCGACAGUCUUCUCAUUGCGAGAUCUGCGAUUUUCGAACUUCCAGAAGUAGCACAGGCCCCGGAGGUCACUCAAGUGGAAAAUGAAGCUCUUAUUCGGCCGCCAUCCGUGGCCGUGGCCACUGCGUCGAACAAUGACACUGCAGAGGCAGAGCAGCUGAAUAAAACAACCGUGAAGAAUGGGAGAAAACGCGUGGCACCAACGCUUAUAUCAUCUGGACAAUCACCCAAAAGGCCCAAAUCAGCAUUUAUUCCAAACAAGGUGCCUGUAAACAAGGUGAGAACCCCAGAGUUGGGACAGAAGGGUGCUGUGGCAAGCUAUAAACUCUCAAAGGCCUCUUAUCCCAUGCCCAGACUCGGAAUCCAUUCAUUAAUAAUGGGAGUCCGAGAACGCAAUGCUGAAAAGUUUUACAAGGAGAAAGAGCCAGGGACUUCAGAUCUCGACGCAGAUGUGGUCGGUGAUUCUGAGGGCCAAGAUGACACUGAACUCACUUUGACUCUCAACGCCAAGACUACUGCGGAUCGGGUCUGGAGUUGCGAUCCCGGAAUACGAUACGUUGAGGUUCCAAGCGUAGUACCGGACGCAGACGCGGCUCUGGUCGAAUUUGGCGAUUUCGACGACUUAUACAUUUUGGAAAUCCGCAACGGGGUCGAACGUUCUCUGCAAUUCGACACCGAGGCCCUUUUCGAAAAUCCUACUAAACUUCUGGGCUACCACAAGGGAGAGAGAAUUUUGACCGUAUUUCUACCCGAAAUUGUUCUCUGCGCCAUCGGACUCGCUAAAAGCAAGCUUUGGGCUGUGGCUACUGCAACGGGUUCGAUCUUCAUUUACUCUACUUACGGACGGGCUCUUUUCCCAAAAAUUUGUCUCGGACAUAAAGUCAUAAAACUGGCCUCCAUUGAUAACUAUCUCAUCGCCCUCACGGAGACUGGACUGCUGUUUUCCUGGAACGUCAACACUGGCAGAAGCCUUCACAAGAAUGUGUCAAUUUUACCCAUCCUCUGCACAGAUCCGGUCGAUUCCCACAGGGUCAGAAUUUUCAAGAAACUUUCGUAUCUGACUCUGUCCAUGCCAGAGUUGUGCUUGAAGGUCAAUCUCACUAAUCCACAGUCAAGCUACUGCUGGUUGGCCCAUCUCGGAUGUUGGACCCAGGCCGAUGACUAG